AUGUGCCCCCCGCUCAGCAUGCGCCACGCCGGCGAAGGCGUCUCCCGCCUCUACGUGUCCUGGCUGUACCAGCUCCAGCACGGGCAGAUGCGCAGCUGCUUCGCCUGCUUCAAGACGGCCUUCCUGGAGCUCAAGGACUCGCUGGAGGUGGAGGAGUGGGACGACACCGACUCCUGGGACCCGGAGCCCGAACCCGAGGAAGCCGAGGGGCCGGGGCAGCCAGUGCUGGGGGGCCCUGAGGCCUGGGGGGCCCCGGCUGCCACUGCGGCGGGCUCCGAGGAGCUGGGCACCAGCCUCCACUUUGUGCCCACCGAGCUGGAUCCGCAGGACGUCGUGGCCCUGUGCCGGGGGCCCGAGGAUUCGGACUGGACCCAGGAGCUUCCCUGGAGAUUUGGGGACGUGCCUUCCUGCACCCACUGGCCCAUCUCCACUGCCCCGUGGCAGGAGCAGCUCCGCUGCGUCAGGGAGAUGCCCCCCGAGGAGCCCGGGACCCCUGCCCCGGCCCAGGACUAG